UGUUGCCUGAUUCGCCCUGAGCUCAACAGACUUCGUUCAGGCUGAGGCUGACUGACGCGGGAGCUGAAAACCCAGCCUUGCAGCUCGUGCCCACUCCGCCUGUCCCAGCAAAAAUCAACUAUCUGCCUGGACUUAUUUCCCUGCCUAGCCCCGCGCUCCCCAGAUCGACCUGGAAACACAUCACACGUCUCUAACACCCUGGCCGUACUCUCCAUAUCGUCUAAACCCUUCAGAUUUAGUCGCCGUUAGAGCUGCCGCAGUAGCCCCACUCCCAAGGAACAAAUCAACUUCCGAGUCCGUUCACUUCGAGACGGGAUAGAUCCGCGCUCAUCCAGUCCUCUUGGACCCCUAAAAGACUGUCAAGUGUUGAUGCCUCCAACAAGGUCAAGAGCCAGGAUGAAAGAAGAAACGCCGGCUACCACCUCGACAAUGAUUCAAGUCAGCGAACCUGUUGAGCUACCGUCAGCAUCAAGGGAAACCAUUGUUACAGCAUCGCCUCUUGACACCACGCCUAAUACAUCACCCACUGCCCAAACAACAUCAAAGACCCCGUCUCGCAGAGUACUGCGGCUGAAGUGUCCAACAUGCACCGACUAUCCCGACGGUUUCCGCAGUGAGCAUGAAUUGCGACGUCAUACGAACCGCGUUCACAGGAAGACGCGUAAAGUCUGGGUUACCAUCGACACCUCGCCCGACAAGACGUUUCUUGCAAACUGCAAAGCAUGCCAGACGGGCAAAAGGUAUAACGAAUGCUAUAACGCUGCAAGUCACCUCCGGCGCAUGCACUUCCAUCCCCAUAAACGCGGCGAACGGAAGAUGACUGCUGCAGAGGCUCGACGCGGCGGCAAACCUGGCGAUCUGGAUCCUCCCAUGGAAGUACUGAAGGCAAAUUGGUUACGAGAAGUGGACGAGAUGGUUGGAGAAGACAAUGAACCCAUCGUGGACGACGUGGGGAACGUACCCUUGACCCAACCUCAGCUCUUACCCCAGCCUCUGCCCGCACCAAACAAGUCUGAAGGGAAGGCACCACCGACACCAACGACGCCUUCGACUCGAUCAAUGGCAAUCGACAGCAUCGUGGAUAAGAUGGAUGCAUCCUGAGCCCAACGCCUAUGCUAAGGGACAAAGCAUACAACCGGACGCGACUAGGCACCGAACGCGCGCCGAGAGACCAGUAUCGGCUCAUCACCAGUAAGCCAACCGAAUAUACUCGCUGCGGUUGGCCUUCUGCGGCUCUUCCACACUUCGUGAACACAAUGGCCAUCCUGCUCAACGCAGGAAGACAGGGAUGCAGGCCUAAAACACAUCCUUGUAAGCGUCUAUCGUGGCGAAUAGUAAGACGGGCUAGAAUAGAUAUCCAAGGCAUUGCCCCGAUCGCUCUUUCCAAAAGUAUUCUGGUGUUUGGUUUAUCGGCGUUGGGGUGGGCGGCAUGAGGGCGUCCGAGGAGCCAUGUACAGGACGGUCUUUAGGAACGCGUACAUAGCGAAUGAGAUGUGACUCUGAAGUAAGAGUAUCUUACUCGGGAAUGUGACUUUCUUGC